UUCUUACACACUCUUUCUACAAAACAAAAGCAAAAUUGUCUUCAAAAGUAGGAACGGUAACUCCAAAGUCCAAACUCAUGCAUAGUUCAAAGUUCAAACUAGACUGAUUCUCAACUUUAUAACAUUUGGGAUUCUGAAUUUUCUGACGGAGAGCGAACCAAAACACAUAAAAGAAUUAGAUUAGAGUAUAAAAAAGAAUGGAAUCAGAAGAAUCAAGACACACAUGUUUGAAACUUGAUGUAUCAGAAGAUUCACAAUCAAGCAAACAAAUUAUAUUCGUAAAGGGCAAUUGGUUCCCUUGUCAAUUUUCUCUCUCCAUCACCGAUGGCUAUGACGCUUGGCUCUGCAAUGCAUCGGAGGAGGAUGUCAAAGAGAGGGCAAGUCAGUGGGAUCAAUCGGUUUCAGAAUACAUUCACUUUGCCGAGACCUUUCUAGGGUUUCAACACCCUACUUCUGUCUACCGUAUUACCGAUGCUGGAAACGGCUAUAAAAGGCUGUCAUUCACAUUUGAAAAGGAAGGGAUUCAGUUGGAAUGGAGAUGGAGAUGUAAGCCAUCAUCCGACUCUAAAUCUUGUACAGCAAGCAUCUUGGAUUUUCUCAUGGAAGCUAACAUAAGAUUAAGUGAAGAAGUUGUCAAAACGACCCAGUCAUUUGAGCAGUUGAAAGAAGAAGCUCAGAAAUGCUUGGUUCAAAGUGAAAAGUUGAGCACGCAGAGAGAAGAGUUUGAAUCUGAAGUAUAUGCCAAGUUUGUGAGUGUGCUGAACUCAAAGAAGGCAAAACUGAGAGAGCUUCGUGACCGACUUUCAAAACAAGAAGCGAAUGGGAAGCUGCCACAGGAAGAGGAGGUCUCAACUGACGGAACUGAGCCAUAUCAUAGCAGAACUGAUGAUGAUAUGAACAGUGAAGAUAAAUCUGAUGGCGAUGGCUGUGAAACUUCUAAAGAUGUUUUACCAAGAAGCAAAAACCGUGUUAGAAAGAGGAAUACACUCACUUAGGCACCUUGUUUGUUUGUCUUUUUUAGGGUGCUGUUUGAACUACAAUGCUUCUUGAGUUUGGUUUGUCAAUAUUGCUGCCCAAACAAGGCUUACCUGUAUAAGAGAGUGAACUGGGAUGGGAUGGGAAGGGAAGUUUUUAUGUGAAGAAUUGGUGCUAGAGCAUAGAAGUUGAGAAAUGCUGUACUAGUGUUGGCAAAAGGUUCACUUGACAAUUGACAUAUGCUUUAAGGUUUUAACUGUUUAAACUAAUUGUGAUCAUACAUUCAUACUGGUUGUGUAACUUGUAUACAAGUGAAUUAUGUAUUUGUUUCUCUGUUCA